UUGUCGCAGGAGCCGCCGCCGCCGCCGCCGCAGCAGCGCAGCGCAGCGCAGCGCACAGCACGGCCCGGCUCAGCCCAGGGAUCGGCCCGGAUCGGCCCGGCCGCGGGAACCUUGCUGAGCUCCCACCCCUGCCAUGCAGCCCGAGUCCAUGCUUCACAGCGGUUACUUCCACCCGCUGCUGCGCAGCUGGCAGGCAGCUGCCACCACCUUUGAUGCCUCCAACCUCAUCUACCCUGUCUUCGUCACUGACAGCCCUGAUGCCGUGCAACCGAUCGCCAGCCUCCCUGGAGUGGCCAGGUAUGGGGUGAAAAAGCUGGAAGAGAUGCUGCGGCCCCUGGUGGCCCAGGGCUUGAGGUGCGUCUUGAUCUUUGGGGUCCCUACCAAGGUCACCAAGGAUGAGCGGGGUUCAGCAGCAGACGCAGAGGACACCCCAGCUAUCCAGGCCAUCCGGACCCUGCGGGCAGCCUUCCCUGAGCUGUUGGUGGCCUGUGACGUAUGCUUGUGCCCCUACACCUCCCAUGGUCAUUGUGGGCUCUUGAGGAAGGACGGCUCCAUCCGCGCUGAAGACAGCAGCCGGCGGCUGGCAGAGGUGGCACUGGCUUAUGCCAAGGCAGGCUGCCAGGUGGUUGCUCCAUCAGAUAUGAUGGAUGGGCGCAUUGCUGCUAUCAAGGAGGCUCUGAUUGCCAAUGGGCUUGGCAACCAGGUGUCUGUGCUGAGCUACAGUGCCAAAUUCGCCUCCUGCUUCUAUGGCCCCUUCAGGGAUGCAGCCCAAUCCAGCCCAGCUUUUGGAGACAGACGCUGCUACCAGCUGCCCCCAGGAGCCCGCGGUCUGGCCCUGCGAGCUGUUGACCGGGAUGUGCGGGAGGGGGCAGAUUUGCUGAUGGUGAAGCCUGGGAUGCCCUACCUGGACAUCGUGCGGGAGGUGAAGGAUAAGCACCCUGCGCUCCCAUUAGCUGUGUAUCACGUGUCCGGGGAGUUUGCCAUGCUGUGGCACGGUGCCCAGGCCAAGGCCUUUGACCUCAAGGCUGCAGUCAUGGAGGCCAUGACAUCUUUCCGCAGAGCAGGUGCCGAUAUCAUCAUCACCUACUACACGCCCCAGCUCCUGCACUGGCUCAAGGAGGCGUGAUGGACAGGAAGUGCAAGAAGUAGAACUUUAAUUUUUAAAAAUCUGGGGGGCCUUAAAGAUAGGAGAACCAAAGUAAACGCUGCUAGUGAAACUGUGCCCCUAUGCCCCA